AUGGCUGCAGCGAUGCGUAUGAGUUUUUACAUUUGUAAUGUUGCUCCGUCACCAUGGGAUUCUGUGAAGAGUAAAAACGUUGAUGAAUACAAUUCUUGGACGUUGUUCAGAUAUUCCUCGAUUAAAAUACCUUAUAUAGAUUCAUCGCUCUGUCAAAAUCUUUACUUCGAUAAAACACGAGACUUACACGGCCAUGUCGUGAAUUUAGGUGUAUUCGUUCAAUCGUCGACGCUUCCGUUCGACGAUAUGAAAGUUGGAUUGGAUCGAUUUGGAGGCGUCAAUGGUGAAAUAGCCAAAGAAAUAUGGACGAAAUUAAACGCCAAUGCUAGCGUUAAAUUUUACAAGACGAUGGGCACUUUUGACGCCAAAGGCAAUCCUGUAGGAUUCUACGAAGAUCUUCGAUUACAUAGAAUAGACUACGCAAUGAACAUGAUUUUCUUUCGUUACUUCUGGAAGCUUCAGACCUAUCCUCACGAAAGCUCUGCGAUAUGCAUAAUAUCUUACAAGGAUAGAUCCACUAUAGGAUCUCUGAGAGAACUGCUAUCAACCAUCACUUCAACAUUUUGGAUAAUCGUCAUCAUUGGCUCUGUUAUAUUAAACAUAGCUUUGAAAUUCCUACUAAACGAGAACAUAAGUUCGAGCUGUUUGGAACUGCUGAGAAUGAUAAUCAGUGUAUCCAGUUUAAAGGAACCUCAACAAUACACUAGAAGAUUCUUCUUCGCUUACAUCAUUGUCCUGACGAUGAUGACCAACUUUUACUUCCAGAGCAGCUUGAGCUCGAUCAGCAUCGCACCAUCGUCCAAACCAGUCAUCGACUCGGAAGAAAGUUUGCUAAAAUCCGAUUUGAUCAUUUACGGAAGGGCUAGCAUGAGAUCCUUCCUCAAUCUAUCGGAUCCAAAACACAAGGAACGAUACGUCAACGAGGAGUUCCCCAAAUGCGCCAAACGUCUGUUACAGGGACAACGAGUGGCCUGUAUUUCUGGAUGCAUAUCAUCGAGGUAUAACAUUUACGAGGGCGGUAGAGUUCACAUAUCCGAGGAGAAAAGACACACGUUCAUGUCCUUCGCGGUGAGGGACAACUGGCCGCUGUACUUCAGAGUCAAUCAGAUUCUUCGGAGGAUGAGCGAAGGGGGAUUGAUCGUUUUGUUUCGUCGGCGGGAAAUGCGGCUGUUCAAACGACCGCCUAGAUUUAGAAAAUCUAUAAAGAGGAUUACCAUGAGAGAUGCGAAUUUCGCGUUUUAUGUUUGGAACGUAGGAGUAGUUGUAUCGAGCUGUGUAUUCAUGUGUGAAAUCUUUUUAGCUAAGAUCAAAACCAAGAUCUCUGUUGCUUUUUGAUACUUCCGGAGCAUCACUUUUGAAAAAUGUUUGCUAAAAUAUGUACCCGCGAGAUCUCCGUUGAUGUAAUAUUUUAUAAGUGAUUUGAAUAAAAUUUUGAAGCCAACAGCUGGCGGCAUCUGUGUAGACAUGCUCGAAGUAAUAUAGAGAUAACUACGUUAUCGACGUUUUGUCUGCUCAACAGCUAAUUUUAUUAUCGAGUGAUGGAAGUGGAAAAAAAGGUUGUGUCUAUGC